ACGUCACCGAGCCAUCUUUGUGCACCUAAUCCAGGCGGCUGUUUAUUACACCUUCAUUACCGCACAGACCCGGGCUCUACUGACAGCCUGCAGGUGCCGCAUCGCCACAAACCAGGAAGGAAACCAGACAAGGGGGGAGCGAAAUAAAUAAACAGGGUUUUUUGUAGCGCGGGGGACACAUUUCGGUGCUCCUCGUAGGGAUAUAUAGGCAGGGAAGCGCCACAAUAACCAACCAAAGGCUGCCAGAGGGUAGAGAGGAGCGCACAAGGCAAUCCACAUCCAUCUGCCAGCCACUUAGUGCGCUCUAACAUCUCCAGUCCGGAUUUCAGCGCAUCUGCCGAGCUAAUACCGCCAGGAAAAUGUCUGCCCCAGCCGCUGGAGCCCCUGCGCCAGAGGGAGGGAAUCAGGCCCCUCCCAACCUCACCAGCAACCGCCGUCUGCAGCAGACACAGGCGCAGGUGGAUGAGGUGGUGGAUAUCAUGCGUGUAAACGUGGACAAGGUUCUGGAGCGUGAUCAGAAGCUGUCAGAGCUGGACGACAGGGCCGAUGCCCUGCAGGCUGGAGCUUCUCAGUUUGAGACUAGCGCUGCAAAACUGAAGAAUAAGUACUGGUGGAAGAAUGCCAAGAUGAUGAUUAUCCUGGGUGUGAUAUGUGUGAUUGUCCUCAUUGUCAUUAUUGUGUACUUCAGCACCUAAGAAGAGUCGCUCCUACCCCAGUCUGACCCAAGCUUCCUUACUACAGAAGAAAAAAACCCUCUAAUUGAUGACAAAAUUAACCACAAAUGAAUUGAUUUAUUGUAUGUACGUAUAUUUCCCCCCCAAGCUAGCCUCGAUAUAACACCCCUAAACCCUUCAGGGCCCCGUGGCUCCCCCCACCCCUGCCCCUCCUUACUUCCACAGCCUCGCCUCUGGAUCCCUGUCGAUAUUUGUCCUGUGAGUGUGUGGCCCUGUCUUCUCUGGGUACUCUUGGCUUUUCCAACCUUGCCACACUGGGAACCAAAGCCCCAUGUGACGAUGCAACAACAGAAACCGAUACAACAAUUGGCGAUACUUGUUACAAAGCUGAUAUAUAGAGUUAUUUGUAGAGUUUUAUUCUGAUAUAUAUAUCUGAUAUACUGUUUUGUAGAUGUGCGUGCGUGUGUGUGCGUGUGCAUUUUGUACUUUUUAUUUUUUGUAUUAAUUUGACGUAUGCUUUAGCGUUGACUACUGCCUAUUAACGAAAGUGUGCAUCUUGCCUGCUCUCAUCAGCCCCACCCACCCCUUUAUUUUCCUUGCUUUUGUCGUACGCCUCCAUGAAACGUCUACCUGCAUUUCUCUUGAAAGGCAGACCAACUCGGAGCUAUUCACGAUCUUCCCAAGGCUUUUCCUUUUUCAGCUCUGGACUUCUAUAGGUUUACCCCAGCAAAAAAAAAAAAAAAAAGAAAAAAGAAUAGGUCUAGUUUUUGUUUCUCAUGUGGAUUUUUGCUACGGUUGUUGUUCACUCAAUGAUGUUGGUCAAAAUGGUAAAACAGUGCAUGACUUGUGUAGCUAAUCCAUAGUGAUCAUUACCUCCAACGCUGUCCAACGUACCUCCCUUUAUCAGAGAGCGAUUCUUAAACAACGACCGUCCAAAGUGUCUUUCGGCGCCAUCUUGUUUCUCAGCAUGCUUCCCUCGGAGAACUUUAAACUGCCAUAGUACGGUCGGACCGAUGUCUGUAGGAGUUUUUUUUUUUUUUUUUUUUUUUUUUAUUUAACGAUUACGUAGUGUCUUAUUUCGAAAACAUUCCUUCAUUGCAGUCUAGUGCGGAUUCUCUUACUGUAGCACAUGGAAGUGUGAGUACCUUAAAAAAAUGCAAGUGAUGAAACUUGUCUCAGUUAUAACAGUCAUGCAAACAACAGGAGACAGUUAGUAUAGCGACUUGGUGUAAGGGUACAUGUUGUUGCAUGGACUGGAUUGUCCUACUGAUUUUCUUUCCUAUGAUAUUAGUGAUGAUACCUUAACUUUACGCUUUCACACAAUAAAUGGUGGAGAUGCAUUCAUAUCUGAUAGGUGAUUUUGGCUUGGAAAUGUAUUCUAGCUUUCGGAGGGAUAGGGUGAUUCUGUCGCAGGGAAGUGAUUCCAUGAGACAGACGCUGCACUGGUCUGCUCCCUGUCAGGACACUCAAAGGCCUUGGUUCACAGUUGUUUUGUUAACUUACAGUGCAGCGCUCCCCCUCGCAUUUGCGUGGGAGGAGAGGCCGACUGUGGGAAUCCGUUCAAAAUUUGCACAAACGUCCUUGUUUUUGAUGGAGCCGCAGCGCUGUCCAACAGCCCGGCCAAAGGGAACACCGAUGCAGCAGAGCCUCUCUACAUUAAGAGCACAUUUAAAUCAUAAAAAAUAGCGUAAACGCCAGACAAAGGAAGACAAUGGCACCUAGGCAGAAAACCUCGAAGCAUUAGCUCAAAAUGAAACAAAAAAAAUAAUAAUCGUAGCAUUCCUAAGAUGAGUGUUUUGCUAGCGCCGUGGUUCUGUCUUAGUGAUCUUCUAGUUAAGGCCUUUUUUUUUUUCUUUUUUUAAAUAUAAUAGACUCUAUUUUUUAUCAUAGUAUAUUUUUGUGUGAAACAGAAGAAGCAACGAGGAUGCGAACCGUUAAGAGCGAAGCUCCUCUUUGCUUCUGUCUGGUGUGUUUUUUGUAGUUCAGCUCUGCGUUACACACUGCCAAGCAUUAAAGGAAAACAGUUAUUUUCCUUGUUGCGGUUAUUUCUUUCAUUUGUGCACUCACUGGGUUGGUGUUAAACUAUUUUCAAUCCACUUUUUUAUUAAUGUUAUUAUCGUGGCAUGUCCUGAUGUGCAUGAUUGUGACUACUUGAUGGGUAAAGGAGCAGGGCUAAUACAAGGCACUUGAUUUUUUUUUUUUUUAACAAAUUUCCAAUGCUGUGUGCUGCACAUGUGCUAUAGAGGGGAAGUGUCAGAAAUUCCUGAAGCUACAAAGGCAUUUGAGAGAAAAAAAAAAAAAACACACACAGCACAUUUUCUCUCAACCACAGAAGAAUGUCGCUUCCUAAAAUUUCAAUGCGGUUGCAGUAAAAUCCAAACUCUAAAAUUGUUGUUGGGUAAAUCUGUUAAAAGUUAGGCAAUUAAGGUUUUUAAGUGUGCUGGCAUGCAUUGGGAAGGAAAGUAAAACCUAUGUUGUGGACUGGAGUUCCAAAAACAGCUGUGCAAAAAUAAAAAGCCUUUGUGACCCUGUUUCUUUUACCCUCCCGUCAGCUACGUGGAGUAACCCACCCACCUUUCCCAGCUCCUACUGUGUAUGUGUGUGUGUGCAUGUGUGUAUUACAGUAGCUCCGCCUUGGGAGUAACCCCCCCCCCCCCACCUUCCCAUUUAUCCCGACGGAUUUAGGCCGCUUAACUCUCAGGGUGAGGGCAUGUCAGUUUUCCUUCGCCUCUGAAGUACACAAGCGACGAGGCUGCAGGUCUGCUAGCCUUAAAAAAAAAUAAAAAAUAAAAAAUUCUGCUUCUUGUUGCUCCUCCAAAAAAAGAGCAAAAGUAAAAACGACCAAAGACCAAAUUUCCGAGCUAACGCUGCCUAUACUCACCACAAGCAGGCGGAGGGAAGCAGGUUACCCGAGCUGUCCUGGUCAGAUUUAAAUUGCUUCUAUCUUAGGGACAUAUUAGCUGUCAUACACUAUUUAUAGGGUCAAGUUUGGCUUGUGACUGUGCCACCCUGACAUAUGCAAGGUAAACGUCGAAUAGAAACUCCCCUGCCAUGUGGAUCCAGGUUCGAGGAGCUUCUUUUAAUCUGUACAAAGUUAGUGGACACACAGUCUUGCAACUAAUUAUAGCACAAGUCUUUUUCUCUCUUUUUUUUCUGUCUCCGUAGUGCUGCCAGGUUUCAAAAUGUCUAAACUAACUAUAGAUAUUAGAAAACCGUGAAAAAUGUUUUCCCCCAAAAAACAAAGCAAAACCUACAUUGUUUAGUAUUGUGAUAUGGGGGGGUGUUUUGGGGGGUAGGGGGUCCUAUAUCCUCAGGUUUAAGUUGUUUGCAAUUUACCAAAAUACACAGGAGGACAAAAAAAAAUAAUAGCAAACUGUAAAAUUGGAUUCUUUUGGCAAUAUUAAGCGAUUGGAGGGUUACAAAUGUUGUCCUUUUAGCCAUUUGUACAGGACAUAACCACACAGUGGGCUCUGAAGUGAAAUAACACUGCUGAUUGGGGUAGGACUCAUGUGUUCUCCAUAAAUCCAACUGUUGUCCUGUGAGUGCUCAACCAGUUUGGUCACAAUGGUGAAAAUGAAGUGAGUGCUCUCUCUAUCUCUUUCUUUUUUUUUCUGUUUAUUUAUUGCUUUUACUCUCUGUAUGAGAAACCUCGCCUGGAAAUGUUUUUAACACAGUGGUACUUUUCUUUCUUUUUCUUCGGAUGCGAUUCCUUUUACGUUUCGGCGGGAUGACCGAGUGGGAGAACACGAGCACGCGUCGGCCUCGGGAAGCCUUCAGUGAUCUCAACGCUGCGUUCAGGUCUUUGGCGGAGCGUCUGAUGAGUGUUGUUGGAAAGCCAUCAGAAAGAGAGAUGGUUUUAAAAGAAGACGCGCACAAGUGUAUAGAAAUGCACGCGCGUUUAUCGGAGUAAGAGCUGAACGCGGCAACAGGAGGGAACCUUUUGAGUCACUGAAUGUUUUCCAGGCGGCUAUAGAUAUAUUAAAUGUUUUAUUUGGGAACCAAAUGUACUUUUUUUUUAUUAUUCUGCAUCUAAGUAACAACUCCAGAUGUCACUGAAUUGUUUGUUUGUCAGCACUGAUGGGUCAUGCUAAAGAAAAGCGGGAAGUUGAUGAGAGAAGUAUUUUUGUGUGAAGGAUUCUACAGUUUACAUCAGAUUGCUGUUUGUGUCGAUGAGUUAGAUUUGUUUAAAUUGGUUCAUUUGUAAGGGAUGGGUUCUUUCUGUUUUCUCCUUGGGAAGCAGGAUCACAGGGACGAAGGCGCACGUUGCCCCUGCCCGUCCGGCCUCACAGGAGGGACGGGGCUGGAGGAUCACGGGCAAUGUGAUCGGUGGGAUUUUCUUUUCUUUGUUCUUUCUGCUUUUAUUUAUCGGUAGAUGUAAUGUGCCGUCCUUUGGUUUGGGAUUAGAGUCUGAACAAGGUCGAUUCAACGCAAAGGAGAGGAGACUGAGUGGGAAAAGUACAUGAAAUAAUUGUAGUGUAAAUCUAUCAAUGUCUUAUUAUAUUGAUGAACAUCAUGAAAUAUAUGUAUAUUGGAGAAAAAAGAAAAAAACAGUAUCUAUGACAAAUUGUACUUUUGUGUGUGUUUCACGUGCUUUGUGGGUGUGCAGCAAGGAGGCAAUGUCAUUUGGACUCCCGUUCUGGGACCUGUGUGAAUAAGCAUAAAUUUACUACCAAUACAGA